GCAUCAUCUUUCAAAUAACUUAACAAUGACUGAAACCGAAGUUGAUGUUGAACAGAUUUAUAAAGCUUAUGACGCAAUUAAUAAUGCCGGCGAUAAAACAGCAGAGGUUAAACAUUCAUAUGAAAUUUUGAUCGUUGGUGCUCACGGCUCAAGUAAUUGUAAACAACUUGCUGCUCAAUUUAUCCCUCGCUUCUUUGGCAAGUUUCCCGAGUAUUACGAGAAUGCUUUGGAUGCGUUGCUCGAUCUUUGUGAGGACACUGAUAUAAAA